CAUUUUUGUAGUUAGCCUGUGCAGCUACCUGCCUCGGCGACAAACGGCAGAUUUCCAGCAUAUUUGUGGAGUAAUGGUAAUAUACUCGUAAUCUUUUUCUCCCGGAUAGUCAGCACGUGAUAUAUAUAUAUAUAUACCGACUUUAGAGUUUUUAGGAAUGACAUAAACACAGGCAGGAGGUUUCAUUACGCUGGCUAGCUUAGCUAGGUGGACUAAUUUAUUAGUUUAGCUGGCUAGUUAGUUGUGAACCGUCUCGUGGUUACCUGCAGACACUAACUAGUCAUGUUAACGCUUCCACAGAGAGACACUAGUUAGGCUACAAAGUUUCUACAAAGCGGUAUGUUGUCCAAAUGCCAAGUUUCUAAUGAAACCGUGGAACAUAAUCCAUUCCCAAAGCAAAUUUAUGGAUGGGAUACUGUCUCCUCCUCUGUCCUUUCCUGAUUUCCAAGCACUUCAUAUGCUUGCUCCCAGGAGAUGCCCCUAAUGCCCAAUUAUGGAGCUGCACUUCACCACAAUGGCUGUUUUCUCAGAUCUCUGAUUAGCUUGAAAUGUACGGUUUAUGACAUCCACCAUGAAGUACAAAAAAUGUUCCUUUUUAACAGUUAGAGGGCCUUGAAGGUUUUCGACUGCUUCUGCAUAUGAGAUUUUCCCUUCUGUUCUUUUUUGCUGUAUUUCAGCUGCCCUACAGUCUCUAUGGCCACACUAUGUGCUCCACCACAAUUCACACAUUUCUCUCAAACACUUACCCCACGUGCACCAUAAUUGUGAUCUCCACACCUUCCUUAUGUUUGCUUUCCUUUGCAAUAUGCUGCUACGGUAUAUGUCCAUAUUACUGGCACUUAUAGCAACACAAUCACAUUAUAGUUCUCUCAACACUGACAAAGUAACUCUCCAUGUCUUUAGUCUCUUCAGGUGAUUUGCUUAUCCUCCUUUAAUACUCCACUGGUAUUCCAUAAAUCACUCCUCUAGUUACUCUCCUGACUUCUUCGUUUUCCCUCGCCACGAUUUCUUUCUUACAAAUGUUUGUUAAUUUUAGCGGCCUCUCUCUUUGACCCUCAUUGAGACAUCCUAUCAUUAGUCACCAUCAGUGUGCACUCUUGCUGUCAUAACUUCACCUGUUCUUUCAUACAGCAAUCCCACUUUUCUACCUUCAAUUGGAGAAGCACUUUAAAGUCUUCGCCUUCAAUCUUCCUCAGCACCACUCUCUCCGUCUCGCUCAUGCUACUUGAGCCACUGUAUGCCCUAAAAACUUUUUCCCCUUUACUUUUUCUGUGGGACCUUACUUCUGACCAGCCACUACUAUCCUCCAUACUUUCCUCGCUGUAAUGAGCAAUGUCACUGGUAUGUGAGUUUAUCCAAACACGGUUAUCAAUCACGCUUUUACCAUCAUUUUCAUUUGAAACGGCAAUACUAACCGCCGUUAGUCAUUAAUACCGGUAAUGGUUAUAUAGCUACAAGGAACAAAUGGACAUACAGGUUAUGUAGGCCGUGUCUUGCGGUUGUCAAGUCAUAACUGAAUAGAUAAUAUGCAGUCGUGUUGUAUGUGCGGUAGGGGAUGUAAUUGGUCAUGUAGUUCCACUGUUCCAGAUCAAGAUAAAGUGCCAUAAGAGCAAAUAACAGUACUGUACUCCUACUAUACUACUCUGACUAGUACUGGUAGAAGAUUAAAUAAGCACUGUUCUGUAGUAGAGAACCGAAGUAAUGAUAGAAGAUAAGGCUGCUGUAGUAGUGGUAUUACCAUCAAAUAAGACUUCUGUAGUAGUGGAAAAGGUAAGAAAAAGAGUAGAAUCAUAGAAUGGCUUUUAUUGUCAUAUACACAUGUACAAUGCGAUUUAAAAGUAAAAUAGAUACAUGUAGAGUAGGUAUAAGAUCAAAUCAGAAUACUGAAAUAUUAAUAUAAUAUUAAGUAUGAAGUGCUCAGUGAAGUGACAUGGAAUGUGAGAAGUGUUGUCCAGUAUUUUGUGAAUAAUAUUUUGACAAGACUAGCAAGUGGGCCGCACGGUGGUUUAGUGGUUAGCACGUUGGCCAACACAGUAACAGCCUGGUUGGAUUCUCCCUUGGGCAUUUCUGUGUGGAGUUUGCUCUCCCCGUGUGUGUGUGUGGGUUUUCUUCGGGUACUCCGGCUUCCUCCCACAUUCCAAAAACAUGCAGGUGAGGUUAAUUGGUGACUCUAAAUUGCCCAUAGGUAUGAAUGUGAGUGUGAAUGGUUGUUUGUCUAUAUGUGCCCUGCGAUUGGCUGGCCACCAGUCCAGGGUGUACCCCACCUGUCACCCGAAGUCAGCUGGGAUAGGCUCCUGCAUGCCCCCGCGACCCUAGUGAGGUUAAGCGGUAUAGAAAAUGGAUGGAUGGAAGACUAGCAAGUGUAGCCUUGAUAUCCAUGACGUCUCCUUUUGAGACGACAACAACCUUUGCUUCGGCCCAUCAACGUUUCCGGAGCCUCGGCCUUAACGUCAGGAUGGCGCCCACAGACCGCCUCAGAUCAGCUUCUGCGCCCUGCCAAGGCUUUACAGGGCCUUUCUCCACCACAGAAUGCAAGCCUUCUUCCUCCUCAGUGAUGUCCCCUCCACGGCUGGAGACAACACCUGCUGGAGGAAGAGAUAGCAGGAAGUCCUGCAGGAGCAAGGCCGAUGCAGAGCUGGGAGAGGAAGAGAGAAGGAGGUGGAUGGCCUUCAGACAGAGAAAGAAAAGCAGCAGGUUGGUGGGUCAUCGUCCCGGUCGCAAAAAAGCGGCCAAGUCCCAACCCAUCGUCUUGUCUAGUGAGGAAGACGAGCAUGGCGAAGGUGGUGAGAGCAGCCAGAUGGCCAAAACUCCUGAUCAGAUACCAGGGGCACAUCCUUCCUUCCUGGAGCUGGACUUCUUGUUGCUUCACGCCGGCCUGUCGCAUGCUGAUGCCAACGGCAAGAUGAUGAUUACGUCAAGCGGCAUCCAUCUUCCUCUAAAGGGAGAGGAGGAAGGGGAGGUCACUGUCGUUGCGUCGCAGGUGCGAGGUUAUGGUUUAUGGAGUGGGGCUAUAGCUCGAGGCGGAACGUUGCUCGAUGAACUGGAUGGGCAGGCCCCCUCGCUCUUCUUCCUGUGGGUGACGGACGCUCAGGCCAACAUGCUGCAGCGGGAGAUGGCCAUCAUCCACAACACCACUGUCACAGGUCCAGCCUGCUCCUUCCUGCUGCUGGUGAUGACAGAGCAGCUACCUGACCUCAAGGCUGCACUGCUGGUAUCCAUGUUGGAGAUGAUGGAGUUCAGGGAGAGCCGCUCCACCUCAGCAGGGCAGCUGACCUCCCCCCUGGACUGGAGUGAUGGCCAACUGCUCCUCCACAGCUGCCCGCCCCCCCUGGAUGAACACCUCUUUGGUCUGCUAGGCCAGUCGCCAGUAAGACGAACAUUUCAGGGGGAAGGAGCAGGGGUGGUUUGUGAGUUUGUGCUUGUGCUCCAGGUGGUGUCCAGUGCGGGAAUAAGCAGCAACACAAAGCAGUCUUCUGUUCUGCAGGUGGCCAGCAGGUUGAUCCAGUAUCCGCCAGCGCCUUCCAAAGGCCGUAUCACGGUGACAAAGGAGGACUUGGCCUGUUUGGAAAAGGGCCACUUCCUGAAUGAUAUCAUUAUUGACUUUUACCUCAAGUACCUCCUGGUGGAGGGUGGUGGCCGUGCUGUGGCAGAGCGCAGUCACAUCUUCAGCAGCUUCUUCUUCAGACAGCUCAGCAGACAGCAAGUCUGUGGUCAAAGUCUCACUGAUGCCACAGAUCCAUACAGCAGGCACCAGCGAGUGAAGACCUGGACUCGCCAUGUGGAUGUUUUCAGCAAAGACUUCCUGUUUGUGCCCAUCAAUCAGGAAGCACACUGGUUCCUGGCAGUGGUUUGUUUCCCCGGUCAAGAUGGCGUUCGUUAUGAGCAGCAAAAAAAUGCAUCCAAGCUCCUCAGUCGGACAUCAGAGCAGCAGCCGGCGUGUACACAGCAAGGCUGCAUGAGGGAGGUGGUGUUGGCACGGCCAUGCAUCCUGGUCAUGGAUUCUCUGAAAAUGCAGCAGCAUGAACGUGUUUGCAAGCUCCUGAGAGACUACCUACAGGUGGAGUGGGAGGAGCGCAGGGAGCAGCGUCGUGUCUUCUGCUCAGAUAGCAUGCGCAGCUGCAGCUGCAACGUCCCACGCCAGGACAACAGCAGUGACUGUGGUUUGUACCUCUUGCAGUACGUGGAGAGCUUCCUUCAGAACCCUGUGGUGCACUUUGACCUCCCUCCAUGUUUGCUCAACUGGUUUCCGCGACAACGGGCACGACAGAAACGUGACGACAUCCGACACUUGAUUAUGAGGCUGCACGCGAACCAGUAACAGGACUGAAACCAUUUCAUGAACUGGAAAGUAUUACUCUUAUUUGCUUUCAUUCUCUUUUAUUUAUUAAAAUAUGCACAAUAAAGCAUCA